UCCCGAGUCCCUCAUCAACAUUACAUUCGCCAACAUUACCAGAGCGGAACACCACGGCACUGUGAGCAUCACCUCACCUCAUCAUGGACUUCACUAUCCGUGCAGCCAACGUGGAGGACUGCAAGGACAUCGCGCGGAUGAUCAUGGAAUUGGCUGAAUAUGAGAAAGUGGCAGACCAUGUGAAAAUCACACAGAGAGACUUGGAGCAGGAUGGUUUCUCAAAGAACCCGUUCUUCCAUGGGAUCAUUGCUGAGGUGCCAGAACAGCACAGAACCAAAGAAGGACAUACGAAGAUAGGCUAUGCACUUUACUUCUACUCCUACAGCUCAUGGUCGGGCAGAGCCGUUUUUAUGGAGGACUUGUACGUGAUGCCAGAGUUCAGAGGGAAGGGCAUAGGUAAAGCACUUAUGAGCAAGGUAGCGCAGCUGGGCCUGGCUGCCGGCUGCAACCAGCUCAAUUUCACCGUUCUGGACUGGAACAAAUCAUCUCUGGACUUCUACCUCAGCCAGGGCUGCUUCGAUGUCACGGCUAAAAUGGGCUACCACUGUAUGCGCUGCGAGGGAGAGGCCCUGGAGCACCUGGCCCAACCCUAACCACCCAACUGGGCUCAUGACCUCUUGACCUUUGCAACUAUGAGGUCAAACCAAACAGUGCAGGGAUAGAGCGCCACUCAUUGCCCCUGUUUCGAAACUUGACAAUCACAACCAUCAUACAGAUUUCUUGAAAAAAUUUAAUUAUUAAAAUAACUCACUGACUGCUGAGGUCCCCUUUAGUUACUGUUCCUACGUCAGCCGUGCUUGCCAUGCCAGGCUUUUCAUUUCUAGCCAGUGACUGCAGAUUCUGCAACAAACAAAAAACAAUAAGCCAAUUAACAAACAAAGCUAAUUGGCAUAUUAGUUAAUCAGUCAAGGGUGUAAUAUAAUGUUAAAUAGCUCUGAUAACCUUACCUCUCGGCGUAAAAGGUGGGAAAAAAAUGACAAGACAGGAUGCGACAGGUUAAAGAAAGUCUCAAUAUAAAGUGUUAAACCACGACUGUCCUGAAGUGAAAUAUUUUUUUUUGCACAAAGAUCCAGAAAAACCUUAAAAACCAGGGUGUAUGUUUCCUUAUAUGACUGUUUUUGGGUAUCGUAUCCCUUUAAACUCAUGAUUAACUAUGACAACAGCAACCAAAGAGUCAGUCACCUCUCCCCUCGUCUUCCAGAUGAAGAGCACUGUUAAGCUGUUGUGAAGCACAAUGUUAUUUUUUUGCACUGUUUUCUUCCUUUUAAGCUAUGUACAUAGAGGGUUCUUGUCAUGAAAUUGUGCACUGAAGGAAUCAGUUGGGUUCAAUCUAAAACCUCCUUCCCUGCUGCCAAACAGCAAACUCUUGGGGCUGGUUUCAAAGUAAUGGAUGAAGCUUAGAAUCAAACGAAAACAAUCCAUCUGGGAGAAUUUGAAAAAUAGAAGAAAAUCUUGGACUGGGCUCGACCUGCGUCUUUGAACCUGUCCAGCUAAAGUGAAAGUGGCACAACUUAGGUCUGAACUUCUG